GUCUUAUUUGGUGGAAAUGUUGGGUAUUGUCCUCAAACUACGUGGAUUCAAAAUGCUACAUUAAGGGACAAUAUUACUUUUGGAUUACCUUUUAAUGAAGAAAAGUAUCAACAAGUGAUUAAAGAUUGUUGUUUAGAACCAGAUUUAGAAGUGUUGCCUGCUGGUGAUCAGACCGAAAUCGGAGAGAAAGGAAUUAAUUUAUCUGGGGGACAAAAACAACGUGUCAACAUCGCAAGAACUGUGUACUAUAAUGCUGAUAUUGUAUUAUUAGAUGAUCCAUUAUCAGCAGUUGACGCAAACGUUGGAAGGUACUUAUUCACAAACUGUAUUCAAGGCGCACUUGCCAAAAAAACGCGUUUACUUGUUACGCAUCAUUUUCAUUAUCUACCACAAGUCGAUUAUAUAAUCUAUAUGGAAGACGGUAAAAUUGCUGAACAAGGAACUUAUGAGGAAUUAAUUAAAGGUGGGAAAGCCUUUUCGAAAUUGAUUGCUGAAUAUGGUGAAGCCGAAAAUGCAGAUGAAAUAAAAAAUGAUGAAGAAUCAACAUUGAACAAAAAAGAAAAUAAAAAAGUUCAGACAUUUGUUUUGCCUAAGGGGUUAAUGUCAAUGGAAGAACAGUACAGAGGGGCAGUGAAUAAUGAGACAUAUUUGGCAUAUCUUAGGAAUGCGGGUGGAUUGUUAUCAAUACUCAUCAUUAUUUUCUUGCUUGUUAUGAUGCAAGGAGUAAAUAUUGGCGGUGUCAAAGCAGCCAAAAGAUUGCAUAAUAAUGCAAUUAGACGUGUAUUAAGAGCGCCAACAAGUUUUUUUGAUACCACUCCUUUAGGAAGAAUUAUUAAUCG